AUGUCAGAGCAGAAAGCUGAACCAGGCAAGAACUUCUUGCCGCAAGGUAAAUACUUGAAACCGGAAGAGAUUGAGUAUGAGUUCGGAGGCACCAUUGGUGUUCUUGGUAUGUUGAUAGGUUUCCCAUUGCUUAUGUGGUACAUGUGGAUUAGCGCUGAAUUCUAUGGGGGAAAAUUUGCACUUCCUGAGAAUGGUGAAAGUUGGCUACAGUUCGUUCGUCACCUUUUCCAAUUGUUUCUAGAUUAUGGUGUGCCUACCAGAUACGCUUGGACUAUCUUUAUGACGUUUUGGGCUUUCCAAAUUUUCUUCUACUAUACUUUGCCCGGUGUUUGGACCAAAGGUCAACCAUUGACCCAUUUGAAAAAUAAACAACUGCCUUACUACUGUAAUGCUAUGUGGUCAUUGUAUGUCUCUACCACUUUACUAGUCACUUUGCAUGUCACAGGGAUCUUCAAGCUAUACACAAUCAUUGAUAUCUUUGGUCAGAUCAUGACUUGCGCCAUCAUUUCUGGUUUUACUUUCUCGAUUGUACUGUACCUGUGGACUCUAUUUGUCACUCAUGACUACCAUAGAAUGACAAGAAAUCACUUGUACGAUUUCUUCAUGGGUGCUCCUCUAAACCCUCGUUGGGGGAUCUUAGACUUGAAGAUGUUCUUCGAGGUCAGAUUGCCAUGGUUCACUCUAUAUUUUAUCACAUUGGGUGCCUGCUUCAAGCAAUACGAAAAAUACGGCUACGUGACUCCUCAGUUGGGUGUGGUCAUGUUAGCUCAUUGGCUAUAUGCCAAUGCAUGCGCCAAAGGUGAAGAGUUGAUUGUUCCAACUUGGGAUAUGGCCUACGAGAAAUUUGGAUUCAUGUUAAUCUUCUGGAACAUCGCUGGUGUGCCUUACACUUACUGUCAUUGCACCUUGUACCUAUACUAUCACGACCCAUCAGAGUACAACUGGUCUCGCGGCUACAACAUCUCCCUGUACGUUAUCCUACUGUUGGCAUACUACUUCUUCGACACCGCUAAUGCUCAAAAGAAUGCCUUCAGAAAGCAGAUGGCCGGUGACACUCGUGUUAGAAAGACUUUCCCAUUCUUACCUCGCCAGAUCUUGAAAGAUCCAAAAUAUAUGGUCACCAAGAGCGGUUCCUACCUGUUGAUAGACGGUUGGUACACCUGGGCUCGCAAGAUUCACUACACUGCAGACUGGACCCAGUCGCUAAUCUGGGCACUAUCGUGCGGCUUCAAUUCUUUCUUCCCUUGGUUUUUCCCAAUCUUCUUCUUCAUCGUGCUUAUUCACAGAGCUAUGAGAGACCAGGAAAAGUGCGAAAAGAAGUACGGUGACGACUGGAAAGAGUACUGCAAGCAUUGUCCAUAUAUAUUCAUCCCAUACGUCUACUAG